AUGACGGACCCAAAGCCUCUCGUCACGCACAUCUACACGGCCGAUCCGUCGGCGCAUGUCUUUGAGGGAAAGUUGUAUAUUUAUCCGUCGCAUGACCGCGAAACAGACAUCCCAUUCAACGACAAUGGCGACCAAUACGACAUGGCCGACUACCACGUCCUGUCACUGAGCGACCCUUUUGAGUCGGGAUCUCCACCGCAAGUGACAGACCACGGCGUGGCCUUACAAGCCUCCGAUGUUCCUUGGAUAUCAAAACAACUAUGGGCUCCUGACGCCGCGACCAAAGACGGCAAGUAUUACCUGUACUUUCCGGCGCGGGACAAACAGGGCAUUUUCCGCAUUGGAGUCGCCGUGGCCGACCGUCCCGAGGGGCCGUUUAAACCUGACCCGGAACCCAUACCGGGGAGCUACAGUAUCGAUCCGGCGAGUUUUGUUGAUGAUGAUGGGCAGGCGUAUUUGUACUUUGGGGGGAUUUGGGGUGGUCAGUUGCAGUGUUGGACGAAAGCUGGCGGAGCCGUAGGCGAAGCCGAAGGCAAAGACAACGACGAUCGCAAAGCCGAGUCGGCAACCACCACAGACAGCACCAGCCCCAUCACCGCCGGUGAAUGGCACUUCGACCCCUCCAAGUCUGGCCCCCAGGAACCGCAUGGCCCCGAUACCCCGGCGCUGCUGCCACGCGUGGCCAAGCUGAGCGCGGACAUGCGGUCGUUCGCGUCGCCCGUGCAAGAGAUCCAGAUCCUCGAUCCCGCCACCGGCAAGUUACUCUCCGCGGAUGACCACGACCGCCGCUUCUUCGAGGCCGCCUGGAUGCACAAGUACCGAGGGAAAUACUAUUUCAGUUACUCGACGGGCGACACGCACUACGUGGUCUAUGCGGUUGGAGACAACCCGCUAGGUCCGUUCGUGUAUGCCGGACGGAUCUUGGAGCCUGUUUCGGGAUGGACGACGCACCAUAGUAUCGUUGAAUAUAGGGGUAAAUGGUGGUUGUUUUAUCAUGAUUGCGAGUUGAGUGGUGGCGUGGAUCAUCUUAGGAGUGUGAAGAUGACUGAGUUGGUGUAUGAUGACCAGGGAAGGAUACGGUUGAAGGAGACACAGAAGUAG